AUGGAUUCACCUACGUCAAACUCCCGCGUCGUGGUGGCCUGUGAGUCGUGCCGCAAACGAAAACGCAAGUGCGAUGGCUUGCGACCAGCGUGCUCCCUCUGUACCGUCAAGCGCGUUGCUUGCCAUUAUAACACCGAGAAACGCAAUAAGCGUAGGUUUGACGCAGACUAUGUGCGAGGGUUGGAAGAUCAAAUUGCGAUGCUUAGGGAGGAGCUGGAUCGAUCUCGAGCCGGUGACUCCGCUGCUGUCACUGAGGAUGUUCCGCUCGAUCAGGGCCUGGAUCCUCCUCAGGCAAAAGCUGAUACCUCCACUAUCCCUGACAACAUGACGACUGCGAUCGAAGACGUCAGUGCUCUCAUUUGGCGGAUGAGUCUCGAAAGCAACGGAGAGCAGGCUUUCGUGGGACCAUCGGGAAACUUCUGCUUCCCGGUAGACAGUUGGGAUAGCAAGGAGGCGCGCGGAGAGAAGCCAACAGCGGUAUCUGACAUAACGUCUGUCGCUCGAGGGUUGGGUUUGUCGUGGCUGGAUCGAGUAGAUGUCAUGGCUAGGAGCCGUUAUCUGCUCGAUCAUUUCGUCCGUUACGUCAAUCCGAUUCAUCAAUUUCUCGACGGUGAGCUUUUGAGUCGACUACACGGAGAUAGCUUGAGUUCUGAGUUGAGACUCAUCAAGACUGCCGCAAUGGCCGCCGGCGCUGUUUACUCGGACGAUCUUCCAAGCAGGACGGUCGGGGAGGAGGCUGCAGCUAUAGUUGAUGCUAUGGCUCUGCAGCUCUGUCGACAGUCGCCUAGCGUCUCCACUGUGCAGGCCUUGUCUAUCAUGUCUUGGCGGGAGUUGGGAUUAGAGCAACACAACAUGGCAUGGAUGUACAACUCAAUGUGCGCGAGCAUGGCCCUACAUCUGGGUCUCCCAGUGCACAUUGCUGAAGAUGGAAAGGAGUCCAACCGGGGCGAUGUCAAUGCAGGUCGAAAGUCAGAAAUGCAUCACCUACGAUUAAGAGCGCUUUGGUCUUCAGUGUUCAUGGACCGAAUCGCAACCUCUCUUCUUGGUAGAAACUGCAUGCUCCCGUGGCGGCGGAUUGACGCUCAGUCCUUCAUUAGCACGGUCGGUCCUACCCCGUCUCUAGACGAACUCGCCUUCGAUCAUCAAUGCCGCUUAUGGUUCAUCCAUGACCAAUAUAUGGACCGAAUCUAUUCAUUUGAGUUCACCGGAUUGGACAGCUCCGAGAAAUCGCGCCUCCUGCUCGAUGCACGGGAUCAGCUGCAUGCCUUUCGGCGACAGCUCAGCCCCCAGGUCCGAAUGAGUCGGACCUCUGCCCUUGUACCCUCCAUCAUCUACCUGCACAUCUCAUACCACAUGUCGCAUAUCCUCAUCCAUCGACCCUAUCUCCGAGAAGCCUCUCAGAAUGGUAAGAUGUACCAGCUUUGCGUCCGUGCCAUGUCCACAGCCGCAGCGUCGAUCGUGCGGCUGCUGCGCGAGUAUCGCAAGAUUGCUCCGCUCGAUCUGAUCCCUCCUUUUGUGGUUCACAGUGUGCUGACCGCCGCCGUGACGCACCUUUGCAAUGCGACCGCAACGCAUCAGGCUCUGCGCAGCGCAUCCAUUGCUCAGUUCCGGGUCUGUUUCCAUGCUUUGUGGGAGAUGCAGGCGCGGUGGAUGAAGGCAAAGCGGGCGAUUCGUCUGCUGCGGGAGCUGGCGCGCCGAUGGCAGGUCAUGGUGGCCUUGCCGCUGCAGCACGGGUUCCCUGUUUCCGACCCGCCAGAGGUGCUAGAGGAAGAGAAGCUGGAGUUUAUCUGGCCAUCGGCGGACUAUCCUGAGGAUAAUGGUGAAGACACUCGAGUGGACCACGACGAGCAAACAUACCCUAGCAUAUUUCCGGACAUCUUCCAUGAAACCGGGUUUGACCUUUUGAAUUUGACGGUGUAUCAGCAGAAUGCUUUUGAUGAAACAAUUUAGCCCUUGACCCACAAAGCCAGAUCGUGGGCCUCUCAUAGCAUACAGAGACUUGACUGAAGCUAUAUCUUGUGACACGAGCUGCGCAUGCGGUAUUGCACAGGAACGCAAUCCUGGUUAACAGACACAUUGGUAAUUUUUUGUGGUGUGCAUGCCGUUAGGUCAAUGGAUAAAAAGCUACCAGGCG